UGUCAGAAUACUGGGCCGGCCGCUCAGCUGUUCUCUGCGGCAGGAACUCACCUGUUCCUCGGUCCAGCGCUGUCCGCAGUGUCUGGUCAUCUCCUGUACUGUGUCCACAGUCUCUGGUCAUCUCCUGUACUGUGUCCACAGUCUCUGGUCAUCUCCUGUACUGUGUCCACAGUCUCUGGUCCAUCUCCUAUAAUAUGUCCGCAGUCUCUGGUCCAUCUCCUGUACUGUGUCUGCAGUCACUGGUCAUCUCCUGUACCGUGUCCGCAGUCUCUGGUCAUCUCCUGUACUGUCCGCAGUCUCUGGUCAUCUCCUGUACUAUGUCCGCAGUCUGUGGUCAUCUCUUGUACUGUCUGCAGUCUCUGGUCAUCUCCUGUAAUAUGUCCGCAGUGUCUGGUCACUUCCUGUACUGUGUCUGCAGUCCAUUGGUUCAGAAUAUUUUUUUUCUUGAUUUUCUCCUCUAAAACCUAGGUGCGUCUUAUGGUCAGGUGCAUCUUAUGGA